AUGUCUCAACUCGACAACUUCCGCACGAUCAAUAUCGACCGCCUGGACCCGGAGUCCUCGGCCAACUUCCCAAUGGAAACCCUCCUUCCCGCGACGCUGCCACCCCCCGAGACCUCCAGUGAUGCUGCCAACGUCGCAACACAGGUGCGCCAACUGCUGCGCGGCGGUGACCCCGAGGGCGCACUGCGGCAUGUCCUCGACACAGCCCCGCUCGGCGGCGACGACCGCGCCAAGGAGGUGCACCUGGCUACCGUUAUUGAGGUGCUGCAGGGGAUUCGGCAGGGGGAGAUGACUCGUGUGCUGGAGGGGGUAUGUGCUGGGGACGGCGGGUCGGAGAGGGCGGAUUGUUUGAUGAAGUAUCUCUACAAGGGAAUGUCCUCGCCUGCCCCCGGUAGCGGGACUCAGUCGCCGCGCAGCAUGUCCGUUUCGCCGCAGAGUACCGGCGGGUUCUCACAGAUCCAGGGGCGGAAUUUGGGCGAAGGUGGCGGUGGACAGCAGAUGAGUGUGUUGCUGAGCUGGCAUGAGAAGCUCGUCGAGGUGGCAGGCACUGGAUCGAUUGUGCGGGUCAUGACGGACCGCCGGACGGUUUGA